AUGUCCGCAAGAUGGGUCAAGCAUGCUGAGCUGUCAGGUACAGGACCCUCGAGGCGCAGUGCGAGGCUUCAAGCCCGACAGCACUUUGCGGGCGGUAAAAGUCCUACGGGUGUCGCCCCAUUGGCACCUCCCUGUGAACCGCAGUACGAAGCAGGUGCCGAGAGUGUUUCGUUACCAUCGAAGCAAGCACUAUUGCCGCAGACAAGUACACAAGAGUCUGGAGUUGAGAACCAGGAAGUAGAGGAGCCCACCAAGACUCUACAACCGCCCAAGCCUCCCGGGCGUCCACCCACCUUGCCUCUUGAGCUCAAGGUCGAGGGGCAAAAACAACACCCUCCGGCCACAGAGUCGUGGAAACGGCAGGUUGGCAGUGACGGCGACGGCGACGGCGACGAACACCAGCCAAAGCGAGCGCCGUUGACACAGAAAAACUUGGCCCGGUUUAACAAGAUGGGGAGGAAGAAGGGAAUUAGUAAGGUGUCAGCACCUGCUCCGCCAGAAUCCACGACCGAAUCGACAACGACGAAGACCACCUCAACAACUUCCUCUGGCUUCGCUAUCCAGGCCUAUAAGAAUGGCAUCCUUGAACCACGAUACUCUCAGCCGCCUACGAAUCUCAAGAAAAUACAGGAUCAACAUGCCAGAUCCCGUGCAACCGCUUCCCCUACCGAAUCGGUCUAUGAGGACUACGUCGACAGAGUUGGAGGAGCCGUCAACGAAGCGACUAUGGUCUUCGAGGUCGGCGGGCAACUACUGAAGAAGUACCCGAAAGGUUACAAAGGUUACAAAAGGGCGCUCAAACAGGCAUUCACAGGCCUUCCAAAAGAUAUUGGUUUUAACAAUGGCCUAUCUGCUCCGCAGCCCGACUUCAUUGAGGGAUUAGAGAUGCAAGAAUACGAGCCAUUCCCCGUCAACGAGCAUGUCAGUGGAGCUGUUCUUUACAAGGAUGACCCCGGUUCCCUGACUCUGCCACAUUUGGCUGGAGAGUGGAAGGGCCGCGGAAAGGAUAUGGAAGAAGCCAGAAUGCAAAGCGCCUUUAAUGGAGCGGCUCUUGUCUUUGCGCGGAAUCAGGCCCUUUCCUACAUUAAGAAACCUGACCCACUAGGUCAUGCCGCGGUCACGACUUUCGCUACGGACGGCACUAACAUCAACUUCUAUGCACAUUAUGCUGCUCCGUCCAACGACGGCAGGGUUAAAUAUCACCAGUAUCACUACGCGUCGGCAAACCUAAAGGACUCUCACCAAGGGCACAAGGACGGCCGAAGAGGACUCAGGAAUGGGCAAGACCACGCGAGGGAACAGUCGUACACCCUGAGAGACCAGCUAAAGGAACACUGGAAGCAGCAUCACAACCCCGCCCCCCAACCCAUCGCCGAAGAAGCUCGUCUGCCUGUCGCUGACGGCACUUGCGAUGAGCUGAACGCAGACGAAGACGCAGAUGGCUACGAGAUGGUUGAGCAACCCUGCCAGCCUACGCCUGCGGCCUCUUCUUAA